AUUCGUGCGCUGAAUGAGGGGUCAAUGAGGGGAAUGCUGGUUUUCAUAUUUCAGGCUGUGCUAUGGCCUGCCAUCCCAGUUUCAGCCCUGUUUACAGUGAACGUACAGAAGAGCGCUUACGAGGCAGAGCUACACAGCGACGUGAAACUAGUGUGCGUGUUCUCCACGGUUAAAAGACCUUCAGACCUCACCGUCAUAUGGAGCCGCGUCAAUCCGAAGCCGGACGUGGACGUGUAUCGGCUCGAGAAAGGCAAAGAAAACCACAAUUACACCAGUGCCCUGUUCAUAAAACGGGCGCAGCUCAUCCAACAACAACUGAAUGAAAACAAAGCGGUAUUACACUUGAAAAAUCUCCGGAUAAAAGAUUCGGGAACGUACCGGUGUAUCGUGAGAGAGGGAGACGAGGGAGACUACAAGCAAGUCACGCUCAACGUUACAGCUCCUUAUACUCCAAUAAAGAAAAGCAUCAGGAAAACGGGUCAGGAUGAAGUGGAGCUCUCCUGUGAGUCUCAGGGAUUCCCGUCACCUCAGGUUAUCUGGAGCAACGGUCAAAACGUGAACCUCACAGAGAAAUCCAACAGCUCUGCGCACAAUACAGAUGAAGAUCUCAUCAAAGUCAUCAGCAGUCUGACGGUGAAACGAGAUCUUGUGAACAACUACACCUGUUCUUUUCUCACAAAGGUUGGAAUCAAGCAGAAGGCCACCUUCAGCAUCCCAGGUUUGUUAACUACUAUUAAGGCCCGCUCAUACUAG